AUUGCAAUGAAAAAUCUACAGGUUUAUGUUAUUUUGGUGACACUGACGUGGAUUCAAGCAUCAGACUUGGAUUACACAGGAACAGAAAGAGGAAAUGCACAAUUACAAUCAAACACUUUUGUCAACAAAUACACAAAGGAUGUGCAAUCUAAUAGAAGACUUUCGGGGUUAUCCGCCUCUGGGAAUACACAUAUUCUCAGGAAACCUCAGAACGAUCAGGAGAACGCACGACCUCCAGCCAGGAGGGUCCUGAAAGGGCAAAGACCAGCUCUAUUCAGGAAACUCAGUGUAAAUGAUAGCAUUCCUGCUCAAGAAACAAGUUUAGUAGCUGCAAGCUCCAUUAACAUCCUAGCUGGUUUUGCAGGUAAAAAUCGUGUGCUGAUCAUUUCUGCACCUAAUGACUCUGAUGGCUAUUACAGGUUAAUGAUGAACUUGCUCAAGCCGGACGUGUACUGUGAGAUGGCGGACAGACAUAUGCAACAGAUUAUAAUGUUUCAUGAAAAGGGCAAGAUGGGAGGCAAGGUGAGACGGGUUAGCAAUCAGGGAUCUCUGGUGGAGGAACCGCUGGAUCCAGCUUUGGUGCCCAGACUGAUGGGUUUCCUGAAGUUGGAGGAUGGUAAGUUUGGCAUGGUGCUUUUAAGAAAGACCCUUCAAAUAGAGGAAAGAUACCCAUACCCUGUUCAACUGGAGGCGAUUUAUGAAACGAUAGACCAGACGCCUAUGCGUAGACUGGAGAAGGCAAGGCAUAAAGGUUUCGUGCAAAAGUGCAAGACCGCUGGAAUUGAAGGCCAAGUGGUGCAGUCUGCUGGCUCAAAUACAGUUGGUUUGCAACCACAGAUUAAUACAGCAGUAAAUACAAGGCGGCAGAGGGUUAGACCCGUCCCUCAGCCUACCCAGACGACUCAGGCACAAAUAUCAUCUGCAUUAACUACAACCAAAAAACUUACAACGACUACCUUGAAAACUACAACCACCAAACCUCCAACGACAACCACACAACCUGCUACAACUACAACAAUUACAACAACCACAGCACCUACUACUACCAUUUUACCUUCAACAACUACAACUGUUACCACAGUUGUACCCACCACAAUGGAGCAAACACAUCCAGACACAACCUGGACUACAACACCUAAAGAAAAGACUCAAAAUAGUCACCCAGUUACUUCUAACUUACGCAAACAACAUAAAGAAAAGUACCUUGACCCCACACAAAAGAUGCCGACUGCAGUCCUACCAACACACAGGUCUGCACAGAAGCCCAAAAACAAACCGCCUGUAGUAAAACACGGAUGGAGAGAAAAGCUUAGUCAGCACACAAGAGAACGGGACGCACUGAGGCCCACUGCUGAAAAACCAGAGACAGAACUUAUGACCAGCCCAAAGGGGAGAGCUAAACCUGACAGUGCUGACAGGGGGAAGAAGACGGAUAGGCCUGAAAAGCCUUUAAAGAAGAUACCUGCUGGGAAAAAAGACCCCAAAGUGACUAAGGAGACAAAUGUCAGCAUUCAGAAUAAAAACACAGCACAAAAAACAAACGCUUUUGAAGAAAGAGCUGUUGUGGACCAAACAAUGAAUCCGAAGAAAUCAUUAGAAACAUUUUUGAGUUACUUUCAGAGAAGACGACGCCUCAUAGUCAUUACAGCUCCAGAUGAGCAGAAUCAUAUGUACAGUGAACAAAGGGAUGAAUACCUGGAGCAAGUGUGUGAUAUGGCUCUACGUAAAAUUUCUAUCAUCAGCAUCUUUGGUCCCCUAACAAACAGUACCAUGAAAAUCGAACACUACCAGACAGAACAGGACAAGCCUCUGCGGGGUCUGCCAGACAGUGAUCUUAUCAACCAGGACCUCAUCACAGCAUUUAGGAAGCAAUUUGGGAUGAUUGAUAACGAUUUCAACAUGGUACUGACAGAUUUUGACAUGAAAGUGAAGCAACGGUAUGAAGUGCCGAUUGUUAUGAAAGCAAUGUUUGACUAUAUUGACACGCUGUCAACACGCAUUAAAGAGAUAGAGCAGCAGAGGAAACUUGGAGCUAUGUGCAAGAAAGAAGAUAAAUCAAGAUCGCUAGAGGACUUCCUAUCUAGAUUCCGUUGGAGGCGGAGACUGUUUAUAAUAUCCACCCCUAGUGAUGAAGAAUGGGCCUAUCAGCAACAACUCUACGCCAUUAAUAGCCAAGCCUGCAAUCUGGGGCUGCGUCACAUGUCUCUACUGAAACUGCUUGGAAAGACCCUGGAUGACAUGAGUGGAGUCUUGGAGCUUUAUCCCAUAAAUGGAAGUUCAUCAGUGGACCGCGAGGCUCUGUCUGCCUCUCUGGUGCAGGACAUCAGGAACUACUUUCAGAUCAGCCAGGAGUAUUUCUCCAUGCUGCUUGUUGGGAAAGACGGCAACGUCAAGUCCUGGUACCCGUCUCCGAUGUGGUCCAUGUCCAUCAUAUACGAGCUGGUGGACUCCAUGCAGCUGCGCAGACAGGAAAUGGCCAUCCAACAGUCUCUCGGCAUGCGCUGUCCAGACCAUGACUACACUCAUCAUGAUGGCUACCAUGAGGCCUAUCAUCAGGGUUAUGCUUAUUAAGAACUGAGGCAUGUGGCUGUUAGCCUGCGCACUCUAUACAGGGAAAACGUGUGGAUCAUUUGAAAACUGGUCUGAGAAUCAUUCUUAUUAAACAAUAAUAAAAUGUAUUUAGGUUAAAGGAACAUUGCGAGUUUUUAAAUAAACAGGCUUAUUUUACAACUCACUUAGUGAUAAACAAAUGAGUUUUACUAGUUUUGAAUCCAUUUGGUCAAACUAGCAUAAAUUAUUGAAUCGUAUUAGACCAUUAUCAUCUCACUCAAUUUUUGAUUAUUUUGCUAUUUAAAGCUCAACCCUUCUGUAGUUACACUGGAAAAAUGCUUUUCUUACACUGUUAACAAUUUCCAGUAGAAUCUACAGUUACUUACUGUACAUUGUAAAAAAAAAUCUGUAGUUUUAAAAAUCUAAAAAUUUUAUUUCCGGAACGAAAAUAAAGUAA